CCCUGCUCUUCCCAAGCUUGUUCGAGAAGAACAAAAACCUCGAAGCAGGCGGCCGCUCCUCGGUGUUCGCUCGAUCGAUCUGUAACAAGUAGCAAGGAGGAGGAGAUCGCCAGAGGAGGAGGAGGAUGAUAUGAGGAGGUCACUUGAUCGGGAUGAUCAUGGCCUCCCUCUCCAUCUUCUGCUUGUUCUCCUUGUCUUCCCCCUCGCCGCCUCCUGCUCCGGCGGCCAUGGGCACGAACGGCGGCUCCGGCGGAUCCUCCAAGACCAAUUAGGAAAUAGUUCCUCCGACUUUCUCAAUCCCCACCUCCGAGACGCCUACAUUGCCCUCCAGGCUUGGAAACUCGCCAUCAUCUCCGAUCCUUUGAAUCUCACCAGCAACUGGGUCGGCCCCAAUGUUUGCGACUACACCGGCGUCUUCUGCGCCUCCCUACCGUCCGACCCCAGCCUCACUGUCGUCGCUGGCGUCGAUCUGAAUCAUGGAGACCUCGCCGGGUACCUCCCCUCCCAGAUCGGCCUCCUCUACGACGUCGCCCUAAUUCACAUCAACUCCAACCGAUUCUGUGGCACCCUCCCCCGUUCUCUACGCCGUCUCACCCUCCUCCACGAGCUCGACGUCAGCAACAACCGCUUCGCCGGACGUUUUCCUGACGUCGUCCUCCGCAUCCCCUCCCUCCGCUUCCUCGACCUCCGAUUCAACGAGUUCGAAGGCUCCGUGCCACCGGAACUCUUCGACCGCGACUUUGACGCCAUCUUCAUCAACCACAACCGGUUUGCGUUUAAGAUCCCAGACAACAUCGGCAACUCCCCCGUCUCCGUCAUUGUACUCGCGAAGAAUCGCUUCCAUGGGUGUCUUCCGGCGAGCCUCGGUAACAUGUCGCAGACCCUCAACGAGAUCAUCCUAAUGGAUAAUGGCCUCGACUCCUGCUUCCCGUCAGAGAUUCAGCUGCUCAAGAGUCUCACUGUGCUCGACAUCAGCUACAACAAGCUCGUCGGACCACUCCCUGAGUCCAUCGGCAGAAUGCAUAGCCUCGAGCAACUCGACGUUGCGCAUAAUCUAUUCUCGGGCUCGAUUCCUCCUUCGAUCUGCAGCCUGCCGCAUCUCAAGAACUUUACGUACUCUUACAAUUUCAUCACCGGGGAGUCUCCGCAGUGCUUCGAGUUGAAGCUCUACGACGAUCGGAAGAAUUGUCUCCCCGAACAGCCGAAGCAGAGAACGGUGCGACAAUGCCAAUCAUUCUUGUCUCGUCCUUCCGUUGAUUGCUCUUCUUUUGGCUGCAAACCUUUUGUGCCACCGCACCCGCCGCCGUCACCUCCUCCUCCUCAUUCUCCGCCGCCACCAUCUCCUCCUCCACCCUCUCCGCCGCCGCCAUCUCCUCCUCCACCUUCUCCACCGCCACCAUCUCCUCCUCCACCCUCUCCCCCACCACCAUCACCACCUCCUCCUUCUCCGCUGCCGCCAUCACCUCCUCCACCAUCACCUCCUCCGCCAUCACCUCCUCAAUCAUCACCACCACCUCCCUCCCCUCUACUCCAAUCGCCGCCUCCCCCUUCUCCAUCGCCGCCCUCAUACUGCGUUCGAUCUCCAUCGCCGCCACCGCCUCCAGUCUACUGCUCAAGUUCCCCAUCUACACCCGUCUACUGCCCCCGACCUCCAUCGCCUCCUGUCUACUGUCCACCUCCUCCGCUACCUCCUCUCGGCUCUCCUCCGCCACCGGUGUAUUCUCCACCCCCACCUCUACCGAGCCCUCACCUUUCUCCUCCACCACCUCCAGUCUAUUUUCCACCUCCCCCACCGCUUUCCUCACCGCCUCCACCUUUUCCGCCUCCGCCACCGCCAUUGUACUCCCCACCUCCACCACCCCCAUUGUACUCCCCACCUCCUCCGCCGCCCUCGCCCCCACCUCCACCGCCCUCGCCCCCUCCACCGCCUCCAUGCAUCGAGCCUCCGCCUCCGCCACCACCUCCUUGCGUUGAGCCACCACCACCUCCAUGCAUUGAGCCACCCCCACCUCCAUGCAUCGAGCCCCCAUCGCCUGCGCCCUUCCCAUAUGAAGAUCCUUUCCCAGGCGACGUUGGAGUCCAUUACACAUCACCUCCCCCUCCUCAUCACUAUUAAUUCUCGUUCUGUUUCAGAGUUUUUUUUCCCCUCUUCUCCUCAAAGUUAGGAUCUUUCUUCACGGUGAACUCUUCAUCAAAUUUCUCGGUUUUUUUUGGUUUCUCUCUUCUUCAAUGCCCUUCCUCCACACACCAAACACCAGAUUGCCUCGAGAAGUUGCAGACAUGGGAGGCACGGAGAGAAGGAAACAUCGACAAGGAGAGCUUGUUCUCUACUUGGCGACCACACUGUCUUCUGAUUUGUCAAAAAAUUGAAAAGAAAACUCUUAGAGCGCAUUGCAGCGUAAAUUAUGUAUAGUUGACUUGAUAUUCCAUCAGCCAAGUAUAUCAUCAGUGUUGCUAUCCUUCUCUCCUGCAUCCCCUGUGUUAUUGCCAGUUGUUUUCACUUUAUAGGUUGUUUAAUUGAGGAUAUCAAAUAUCAAUUUGG